GAAAUGUGGUUACGCCGGAUCCAAUUUCCCGGAGCACAUUUUCCCAGCUCUGGUGGGACGUCCUAUUAUUCGGUCCAGUGUUAAGGUUGGCAAUAUUGAGAUCAAGGACCUCAUGGUGGGCGAUGAUGCCAGCAAGUUGCGUUCCAUGUUGGAGGUGAACUACCCCAUGGAGAACGGGAUUGUGCGCAGCUGGGAGGACAUGAAAUACUUGUGGGACUACACCUUUGGCCCAGAGAAACUCAACAUUGACCCCCGUAACUGUAAAGUCUUGCUCACCGAGCCGCCUCUGAACCCCACCAAGAACCGAGAGAAGAUCAUUGAGGUUAUGUUUGAAACCUACCAGUUUGAUGGUGUCUAUAUUGCGAUCCAAGCUGUGUUGACACUUUACGCUCAAGGUCUGCUGACCGGGGUAGUGGUGGACUCUGGAGAUGGGGUCACCCACAUCUGCCCCGUUUACGAGGGUUUUUCAUUGCCCCACCUCACCCGCCGGCUGGAUAUCGCAGGGCGUGACAUCACGCGCUACCUGAUCAAG